GCCGUGAAAACAACCCCACGAUCAGCUCUAUUCUAUCGAACUCCAACGAAAACAUUUCAGCUUCACUGUCUGAAACUCUUCUCCCUCAUGGACUCCCUACGACGGACCUCCUUGAACCGGCCAUUGACCCCAAUCUCAAACCCCUCGAUCUUGUAGACUCUACGGCUGACCUCUAUCGCCGCCUUCAAAACUCCCCUGGUCUCAACAAAUCGUCAAUCUGCCUCGAGCAGUACUCAAUCCUUCGUUCCCUCGGCGAUCCGAAGCUCCUCCGGCGGUGUCUCCAGGCGGCGCGUGAACACGCCGUCGAUGCACACUCGAAGAUUGUGCUCUCGGCGUGGUUGCGUUACGAGAAGAGAGAGGACGAGCUUGUGGGUAUUUCAUCUUUGCACUGUGGUGGCCGAGUUCUUGAAUGUCCAAAGGCUGCUUUGGUUUCUGGGUAUGAUCCAAAUUCAGUCUCUGAUCAUUGUCAAUGUCACAGUGAUCAAUCAGAGUCUGCAAAAUUCGAGUCCUCAAUUGGGGAUGAUGAGAGUUUGAUUUCAGAAAAUGAUAUUGAUGUUUGUUUUUUGAUUGGUGAUGAAGAAAUUGAUUGCAAUAAAGAUAAAAUAGCUCAUCUGUCGCGCCCUUUGAAGGCAAUGCUAUACGGAAAUUUCAUGGAAUCGAAAAGAGAAACGAUCAAUUUCUCGCAAUCUGGUAUAUCUGCGAAAGGAAUGAGAGCUGUGGGAGUGUUUAGCAAUACGAGAAGAUUAGACUCGUUUUGCCCCAGUACUGUUCUAGAGCUCCUCUCUUUCGCGAACAGGUUUUGUUGUGAGGAAAUGAAGGCUGAUUGCGAUGCGUAUUUAGCAUCUAUGGUCUCUAACAUAGAAGAUGCUUUGAUCCUAAUUGAUUAUGGAUUGGAGGAGACCGCGUAUCUUCUUGUUGCGUCUUGCUUGCAAAUAUUAUUAAGAGAGCUUCCGAGUUCUCUGUGUAAUCUGAAUGUCAGUAAAAUAUUUUGUGGGUUUGAGGCCAGGGAGAGAUUGGCCAUGGCGGGGCAUUGUUCUUUCUUAUUGUACUAUUUCCUAACACAAGUGGCGAUGGAAGAGAGCUUGACAUCAAACAUGCUAGUGUCGUUGUUGGAGAGAUUGAAAGAAUGUGCCACUGAAAAAUGGCAAAAGGCACUCGCAUUGCAUCAAUUGGGUUGUGUUUUGUUGGAGAGGAAGGAGUACAAGGAAGCCCAGUGUUGUUUUGAGGCUGCAGCCGAAUUGGGUCAUGUUUAUUCGGUGGCAGGCAUUGCAAGAACUAAAUACAAGCAAGGACACGGGUUUUCAGCGUACAAGUUGAUCAAUUCUAUCAUUUCUAAGCAUAAACCGGUUGGGUGGAUGUACCAAGAGCGGUCCUUGUAUAACGUGGGGACGAAGAAGAUUGUGGAUUUGAAAACCGCCACUGAAUUGGAUCCGGUUCUUUCAUUUCCUUACAAGUACAGAGCCGCUUCAAUGGUAGAUGAGAACCGGAUCGGGGAAGCCAUACUUGAGAUCAACAAAAUCAUUGGAUUUAAGGUGUCUCCAGACUGCCUUGAAUUGAGGGCUUGGUUGUUUAUUGCCAUUGAGGAUUAUGAAUCUGCUCUGAGAGAUAUUCGAGCCUUGUUGACUUUGGAGCCUAAUUACAUGAUGUUUCAUGGGAAGAUCAGAGGUGAUCACAUGGUUGAGCUCCUCAAUCAAUAUGUUCAACAGUGGGGUCCCGGUGAUUGCUGGAUGCAACUCUAUGAUCGAUGGUCGGCUGUUGAUGAUAUUGGAUCUCUGGCUGUUACUCAUCAAAUGCUGGUAAAUGACCCUGCAAAGAGCAUUUUACUUUUUCGGCAAUCUCUACUUCUUUUGCGGUUAAACUGUCAAAAGGCUGCAAUGCGAAGUCUGAGGUUGGCUCGAAAUCACGCUAGCUCAGAGCACGAAAGGCAUAUAUAUGAAGGAUGGAUUCUAUAUGACACUGGGUAUCGCGAAGAAGCACUCUCUAAGGCUGAAUUGUCCAUUUCUAUUCAUAGGUCAUUUGAGGCCUUUUUCCUCAAAGCAUACAUGCUAGCAGAUACAACUCUCGACACUGAAUCUUCAUCACACGUUAUUCAACUUUUGGAGGAAGCUCUAAAAUGCCCUUCAGAUGGCCUUCGGAAAGGACAAGCACUGAAUAACCUUGGGAGCAUUUACGUGGAUAUUAGUAAACUCGAUCUUGCCACAGACUGCUACGUGAAUGCCCUCGACAUCAAGCAUACGAGAGCUCAUCAAGGGUUGGCCCGUGUAUAUCAUCUUAAAAAUCAAAGAAAAGCCGCUUACGAUGAAAUGACAAAGCUGAUAGAGAAGGCACAAAACAAUGCAUCAGCUUAUGAGAAACGAUCAGAGUACUGUGACCGUGACAUGGCAAAUGGUGAUCUCAGUAUGGCAACACAAUUGGAUCCUCUGAGGACUUAUCCCUACAGAUACAGGGCGGCAGUUCUUAUGGAUGACCAAAAAGAAAAUGAAGCAGUACAAGAGCUGACAAAAGCCAUAGCUUUCAAGCCCGACUUGCAAAUGCUUCAUCUCCGAGCAGCAUUCCACGAGUCUAUGGGUGACUGCGCUUCUGCUCUCCGUGACUGUGAGGCUGCUCUCUGCUUGGAUCCCAACCACAAAGACACCAUUGAUCUGUAUAAUCGAGCACAAGGCCGAGCUCUCCAUCUACAUAUGUGAGUCAGUGUGUUUUAUAUUUGUGAAAUUGUUCGUACCCACUGGUAGCCUUGAGGUAGUCGGAUACUAAAUUCACUCCAAAAACCGAUGCCAAUAAAAGAGCAUCGAGAUGGAAACUGACUGUGGCUUUGAGAAUGGAGGGAAAUGUCAGUGGGGAAAGGACAGGAACAUUUGGGAGAGGUAUGUAUAUAUGCUGCUAUGGAGUUGAUGGUAAAACAGAUUGUGGAGAAGCACAGCCCACAAGACAGCUCAAGAACAAGGCAAACCCAAAAGGAAAUGUUCAAAAGAUGUUGUGUUAGACUGUAGUGUUGGGCAGAGACAAGACAGUUGAAAGGGUGUAUCAUGUUGUAAGAUUUGUAUACUAUUUCUUGAGCAUUUUUCCUCAUUAGAAGUGGAAUUUGGUACUAGGAACAAGUUGUUUUUAUCAAAAGAUGAAAUGUCCGGUAUAGAUUCAAACCUUGUGUGAUGUGGGCCAUACUCAAAAUGAAUUUGACCCACGCGUUUAUUUUUAUGAAAACAUUUUGAGUAAUUUUUUUUCUGAGUCCAUAGCAUUACUGCUGUACCCUUCUCGCUUAUUGCAAUGGUUGUAUAAUAGGUGGCUCUGCCGUUUGUGUUUGGACUGCACAUUGUAUGUGGUAAUGGAUAAUGGUUUCAUGUGCAAUAAAAAUGAAGAGUUUCUUAUCUUUGCUA